AUGUCUCUCACUGCGCCCGGCUCCAGUUCUUCCUGUCGCAGGAGAGUACCUCGGGCUCACAGCUACUGCCCGGAGAUGCACAACCUAUGUUCUUCAACACCCAGCCUACAGUUCGACGUCCUUCCCACGGAGCAUGGCACUUCGUUUCCGGUGAUACCCAGCCCACCCGACAGCUCCUCUCCCAGCACCCCUCCACCUUUAACGUGCAAGAGCUCUGGUUCUUAUAUGCGAGGUGUAUUCUCCUACGAGGAAGUAAUAUCUUCCACUCCGAAACGUGCACGCGCUGUCUCUGUCUCAUCUACCGCACACAGUCCUACGUUACUCCCUAUCGGAAAGCGCCCAGCUGCGCAGUCAUUUGAAAACCCCAGGAAGGCGGAACGUGCAGCAAGGCUCGGUGUCGGGUUGGGAUUUACUGUCUCGGUUCCGUCGUUCAACGCAGAAACUGCCCGUACUGAACGAGCCAGAAGACGUCAUGCUAUCCACUUCCAUUCACAUGCUCAGUUCUCGGAAGCGCUCCGUGUUAUACUCGACUGCCAUGAAGGCGUAGUAUCGCAUAGCGACAGGAGGGACGGAGUGUCCGAGAGCAAUGAUGCAGAUGACGAACGGAACUACUUGUGGGGCACAGAUUCUGAAGCCGACGAUGCGCGCCACUACUACCCGGAAUGUGCAAAUAUGGCCGUCUCCCGCCAGUUAUCCGUCUCAGCUCUCACCGCAGCCUUCCCUUCACCCCCAUUGUCCCCUCCUGAUUUUCCUCUGUCGUUCUCUCAAGCUCCCAACGUAGAUCCGGAUGGUCCGCUACCACCUGCCCCCACUAUCCCCGCUUGCCGGACAGAAUUUGGGCCUAUAAACGACGAUUUCGGUGGCUACAGGAUGACAGUAAUCGACCCUGUAGAGAGCAUGGCAAGACUGGAGAUUAGUAUGACGCAGUUAGAAGCCUUCAAUCCUUUUCGCAGCGGAUGUGAUUCAUGGUUCACUGAUGAAAUACACAUGGGGCUAUGCUUAUCACCGGAGUACAAUGACGCCGUUUCGCCAAUUGUGCAGAGUACGCAGGGGGCAGUGAAUAAUGGAACUAAAGACGGGAAGGUGGAUGACGAAGACAGCAGGGGCGAUCCAUCUGACGAGGGACCAUUGUUAUCGGAGACCCCCGCGACGAUCGCGUCGACUUUCGCAGAGUAUGAAUGUGCAUCGUUCAUCUCUCAUUCAAGCAUCGAUUCGGCGACCAAUGGGCCACGGAAACGUCAAUCCAUCGUCAGUGUGGGACUGCUACCCAGCUUCGAUUUCGAGGGGACAGAUCUUCCAACGGCGACCAUUCACAAUCCGCCCCCCCGCUCCUCAUCUCUGGCAGGUCUGCGUCCACCUUCCUUGUCGAUCUUAUCUUCGCGGUCUACCCCUUCGUUACGUCUGGAUGUUAAAAUUUCCUCAUCCACGACGAAGACAACACCCUUCCUCUUCCGACCCGUCCGCCAGACUUGCACGCCGCUAUCUCCGUCUGAACCGACUCCCUCACUAUUCCCAUCUGUCAGUGCUUCUAUUCAGACGAUACAGAGCUCCACCUGUUUGCUCAGGGUGGUUCCGGAGACAGCGCUCGUAGCGCCGACGACACCGCCGCGAGAUCAUGCAGUGGAGACGCUGCGGUCGUUUAUGCACGUCACGCCAGAGCAGCAGCCAUCUCGCAUGAGCAAGCUCUGGAAUCGUGCAUGUUCUGGCAUGAGUGCUGGACUGAGGAAGGACAAGAGCGCAAAGUGGUUAAGAGGCAGUCACAUUGCAUAA